AUGUAGGCACAGACUCACACGGGGCUCUUCGCUCGCCCGAAUCGGCCGCUUCGGAGUGAUCCUCACUAAUUCUUUAGGCAAUAAACCACAACUCCAGGGGUCAAAAUGAAAGUCUCCAGCAUAGACUGCCGGCGUCUCAAGAAAAUCAUCAGGAAGGAGUGCGGGAGCUGUCUCAUUGUGGAUUGCCGACCUUAUUUCUCAUUCACGAACUCUAGUAUCAAAGGCUCUGUCAAUGUCAACCUGAACUCAGUGGUCGUCCGGAGGUCCAGAGGAGGACCGGUGCCUCUCCAGUUUGUCAUCCCGGACGAGAGAGCCCUGUUUCGUCUUCGGGAGGGGAGCAUAUCGGCUGUCAUAGCUCUGGAUGACCGGACGCCCCACUGGCAAAAACUGAAAAAGGACAGUGUAGCACAAAUAGUGAUAAACACCCUCUCGCAUCUAGCGAGCGGGGCCAACAUCUGUUUCCUGAAAGGCGGAUACGAGAACUUCCACUCUCAAUACCCCGAACUUUGCACUGAGGUGAAAACCAUCGACCAGAGCGGAACUGAAACCGAGAAAAGAGUCACCAGCCACAGCGAGAAGCUUUCUCACCACAAACCAGAUUACGAUCAGGGUAAGCCAGUGGAGAUCCUGCCUUUCCUCUACCUCGGUAGUGCCUACCAUGCCUCCAGACAGGACUAUCUCAGCGACCUUCACAUCACGGCCUUGCUCAACGUGUCACGCAGGGACCUGCAGCCAGCCAAGGGCCACUACAACUACAAGUGGAUCCCUGUGGAGGACAGCCACAUGGCCGACAUCAGCUCCCACUUCCAGGAGGCCAUAGCUUUCAUCGAUCACGUGAAGCAAUCAGGGGGCAAGGUCCUAGUGCACUGCGAGGCAGGUAUCUCACGCUCCCCUACCAUCUGCAUGGCUUACAUCAUGAGGACCCAGCGGCUGCAGCUGGACGAGGCCUUCGACAUCAUCAAGCAGCGCCGGGCUGUCGUCUCGCCCAACUUCAGCUUCAUGGGCCAGCUGCUGCAAUAUGAGUCCGAGGUCCUGUCCUCUGCCCCGGCUCACGCCGCCACCCCUGAACCGGCCACGCCCAGCGUCCCGGACUCCGCCUCCUUUUUUGCCAACGAGUUUGCCACCACCUUCGACACCAAUAACUUUGAGCCAUCUGUGUUCGCCCUCCCUACCUCUUUCCUGCAGUCCCCGGUCCACCACCAGUUCAAACUGAGCCCAAUUACUGCACUGCCUUAAUGAAAAGGACUGUGACUGCUUGUAGUCUUACUUGAAAAAAAAAAGAAAAGAAACAGAAAAUCAAAUCAAAAAAGCUCUCUGUGUGCCUGGUGUUGAAACCAGCAGAGCAGAAAGACUGGAGUUCAGUGGUAGAGAGGUAGUAUUGAGUUAAUGGGAGUUUGAAUUUGUUAAAAAUGUGUUCGGCCUCGGCCAUCGACGCUGUUUUCCUGUCUUCUGAACUGCAGCGUUGACACAACACUGCACAGUGAUGAACUGCAAUAUACAUACAUGCCUUAGGUUGAUAUUGUGAUUUAUUUGCCUAUUCAUAAAUCCAGUCAGGCAUUUAAACCUAAUUUAUUUGAUAAUGACAGUCUGUCUGAUUUAUUUUUCACUAAAUGUGGAUGUCAAUAAAUGUUUCCACCACAAAACCUGA